CUAUCCUCCCUCACUGUAGCGAUGAACAGAUAAGAGAUGCGAGCGAGGGUGACUGUAGCAAAUACCGAUGGAUAGAACUGAGAAUACGCAGAACAUGUUAAUUUAGAAUUCCUCAUGUUUUGUAGUUUAACGUACAUAGGAAUUAAAAUAAAACCUGACCGUUCAAAGAGGGGAUUGUACGAAACAGAAGGGUUUGUGUGACGUUAGAUGACUAGCUAACGUUGGGCAACGUUAAUCAAAUCAGUUUUACUGAUUUUCUAACCGACGUUGCCGAUAUUACGAAGUGCGCAUAUCGUCAUCCAACCCGGUCUUCGUCAUUGACGCAGUCCGAAGAGUGUACUGGUUCGGAGAAUGCCAAAGAAUGAGUCAAAGAGAUACCCUGGUUCAUUUGUUUGCCGGAGGGUGUGGGGGAACAGUGGGUGCUAUUCUGACUUGUCCACUGGAAGUGGUAAAGACCAGACUACAGUCCUCUCAUGUCACCUUCUACAUCUCUGAGGUGCAGCUCAGCACCGUCAAUGGGGCCAGUGUGGCCCGCAUGGCCCCCCCGGGACCCCUCCACUGCCUCAAGUUGAUACUGGAGAAGGAGGGACCGCGCUCGCUGUUCAGAGGCCUUGGGCCCAACCUGGUGGGUGUGGCUCCUUCCAGGGCCAUCUACUUUGCAUCCUACUCCACUGCCAAAGAGAAGCUGAACGGCGUGUUUGAGCCCGACUCUACACAGGUCCAUAUGGUGUCUGCAGGCCUAGCAGGGUUCACUGCUAUCACGGCGACCAAUCCCAUCUGGUUGAUCAAGACCCGGUUGCAGCUGGAUGCCAGAAACCGUGGCGAGAGGCGCAUGAAUGCGUUUGAGUGUGUGCGGCGGGUCUACCAGGCGGAGGGCUGGCGGGGCUUCUAUCGGGGUAUGUCUGCCUCGUAUGCCGGCAUCUCCGAGACUGUCAUCCAUUUUGUCAUCUAUGAGAGCAUCAAGCGCAAGCUGAUGGAGUCCAGGGCCCAGGCCAGCAUGGAUCAGGACGAGGACGAGUCGGUGAGGGAUGCCUCAGACUUUGUGGGCAUGAUGCUGGCCGCCGCCACCUCCAAGACCUGUGCCACCUCUCUCGCCUACCCCCACGAGGUGAUCCGCACCCGGCUACGAGAGGAGGGCAGCAAGUACCGCUCCUUCUUCCAGACAUUACUGACAGUACCUAAGGAGGAGGGCUACCGCGCCCUGUACCGUGGUCUCACCACCCAUCUGGUCCGCCAGAUCCCCAACACCGCCAUCAUGAUGUCCACCUACGAGAUGGUGGUCUACAUGCUACAACGCUAGCCCCUCCCCUUCCUGUCUGGAGAGAAAGUAGGAAGUGACUGACUUGGUUGGGCAUAUCUAAGAUGGAGACCAAAGGAAAACUGAUAUGGACCAGAACCAAGAAGAAAGAACAGGAGCCCCCCUACUCCCCAUCCAACAACCUCACACCCUAAUCCUACAGGUUGACCCUCAAGGGGGCUCUAUGGUCUGGGGACAGAGAGAAACAGUUGGGUCAGUCUUUUUAUAGAGCCUGUCAAACAGGAGAUGUCUCUGAAGGAAAGACGGAUAUCAUGUUGUGGCCUUUAAAGAGUUUUAAGUUUGUCGCUGUGUCUUUUGUAGAAUGAAACCAAACUGCUUUAGCCUGUAUCGGAAAUUACAAUCUGAAAGGGAAUGUUUGAAAACAAUCGAUCAAAAACUGCUGUCAUAACACUGAAGAUUACAUAAAAUUCUCCAGUAGAUGCAUUUGAUUAAAUUAGUGCUUUUUCACUAGGAUUUAACAUGUAAGCUAAUAUUUGAAACGAGCUUAGCAUGCUCUGUUUCAGUAACUUGAAACCAAGUUUGGUGGAUGGGUAUCUUUAUUUUCAACUGAUUCCCCCCCAGAUCACUUUUUCAAGCAAUAAUUUUGCUAGGACUGUUUGAGUGGGGAGGGGAAAGCUAGCUACUAUUGGAAGAGAGGUUUGGAACUCUUUCUUAUUGGUCUAUUAACUGAUUUCAAAGCUCCAUCCCACCUAAACAGGCCGAAAUUUCAGGUCUCUUCAAACAGCUCUUACACUAAAAGGGCAUUAUCAUAAUUUUUACAACUUCACAAUAUUCCAACCUCCAUUGUGUAUAAAACACAGUAAAAUAAUGUUUUUGACUGCACUGGGCCUUUAAAAUCUUGUCACAAUAAAGCAAACGCCAACCUAGUGUCUUAAUAGGGCGUUGGGCCACUACAAGCAACCAAAACCGCUUCAAUGCGCUUUGGCAUCGAUUCUGUGUCUGGAACUCUAUUGAAGGGAUGCGACACACAUUCUUUCAGGAGAAAUGUCAUAAUUUGGUGUUUUGUUGAUAGUGGUGGAUAAUGUGGUCUCGGGCGUCGCUCCAUAAUCUCCAAUAAGUCUUCAAUCAGGUUGAGAUCUGGUGACUAAGCCCUCUAUUUUCCUAUGAAACUCCUCUUUUAAAGUCCCUGAGAAAAAACUGGGCAUUUUUAUACAUGACCCUAAGCAUGAUGGGAUGUUAAUUGCUUAAUUAACUCAAGAACCACACCUGUGUGGAUGCACCUGCUUUCAAUAUACUUUGUAUCCAUCAUUUACGCAAGUGUUUUCUUUUAUUUUGGCAGUUUACCUGUAUAUCAAAAGAAAAUAGCAAGCAAACCAUACAUGCACUACAACGAGUUUGUCUUCAAGCAUUCCCCUGAAGGUUCGAGUUUCCCGUUAUAGUCUGAAGCAUUGCAUAUGGUGCACUGCUGCACAAGACUAGUGAUCGCCGAUCACAACACAUGCCUCACACUUAACCAGUGGUUUAUUUGUUUUGAAAGCCGACUAUCAUUUCAGUGUUUUUGUAUAACGGUAUUGUUUCUCUGAUACUAGUCAUUGUGAAGGACCUAGUUGUCUCGUGAAUGAACUAGACUUCACUACCCUAGAAGGGUACCAACAUUUAGCAGGUUAGAGAUCUAUAUAUCGGUGUGAUGCCGCUACUUGAUGAUAAUUUAAGUGUUGAAGCAAGGUUGUGUUAAUGUUUAUUUCAUCACUACUCCCAACCUGAGUGUUUGCAAGACUCUGUGUGUGUGUGUGUGUGUGUGUGUGUGUGUGUGUGUGUGUGUGUGUGUGUGUGUGUGUGUGUGUGUGUGUGUGUGUGUGUGUGUGUGUGUGUGUGUGUGUUGCUGUGCAUUUGACUCCGUUUGUGUAUUUUUGUGUGUUUGUGGGGUGAGAGCGAACAUCCCUGAUAUCUGGUAGAGUUCCCUCCACUAAAAGUGAAUCAUGUAUACUGAACAAAAAUAUAAAUGCAACUGUUUUUACUGAGUUACAGUUCAUAUAAGGAAAUCAGUCAAUUGAAAUAAUUGUAUGAGGCCCUAAUCUAUGGAUUUCACAUGACUGGAAAUACAGA